GAACGCUGAGUUUUUCGCGAUACCAACUAGUAAGUUUAUAUAACACGUUAAAGUUUAAUAAUGUGAUAAUAUCUCUUUUAAUACUCAUGAAAUUGCAUUGAUUUAACGUUACUUUAAACUGAAAAUAGGACGUCAGUAAGUAAUGUGUUGAAGUAUGGCAUCACUUAGAGACAGACGGAUUAAAGGCGCUUCUCAAACAACAAACAUGCGCGAGGAGAUUUCAGUUAAAAAGGAGUUUCACGUCCCACCUUUGAGUGUCGCAAUGAAAGAGAGCAAGAAGAAGAGGAAAGACACAACAAAAGAGAAAAAGAAGUCGAGGAAUUGCAUUAACCAGACAAGAGAUUCAGAGAAACUCUGGACAGAACAGUGGACCAACGGAGAGAUGAGUGAUGUUCAGAGCAAAGGUCAAGCCAAAGCCAAAGAACUAAAGAGCAGGCAAUCCAAAAAUCCCAAGGGUGUAUCAGAGGUGGUUCCCACAGAGGAGGACAACUCUGAUUUGACUAAGCUUGAACAGAACAGCUUGAGGUGGGAAGGAGCUCUAGAAGACCCCACUGCAGAGGCACAACGGUUAGAGGUCUACAGAGCCAACCGCCGUAAACGUUAUAUGGCAUCAAGACAGGCUUUUCUACAAAAUAUUCAAAACCCAAACUCUUCUAAACUAAAUACACGGAACAAGCCUGGAGUUAUAGCAUGAAGUCUUAUAUUCAGUCAUCUUUCACGUGGAGAGUCUAUUAGAUGUGAAUAGGCUGCAUUUUACUACAAUAAUCAUGUUUGAUAUUUUAUCAGGGCCUUCAGGAAUUUCACUUGUGUUUAUUGAUUUAGGCAUAGUUCACUUUAAUUGAGUAAAUGGCUUCAAAAUAGUGUCUAAUUAAAAAAAGGGCAUUUAAAAAAAAACUUUUAUUCAGGACGUAUUAAAUUGUUCAAAAGUGAGUGAAUAUGUAUAUAAUGUUUUUUUUUUUAAAAAAGUUAAUCUCAAGUAAAUGCUAUUCUUUUGAAUGUUCUAUUCAUCAAAUAAUUUCAAAACACUGUUUCUAAAUAUCAGUUUUAUACAUUAAUUUAGAAUUAGGAAUGAUUGGACAUUAAGAAGUGUUUCUUGAGAACCAAAUCAGUAUAUUAGAAUGAUUUCAGAAUUAAAAAAGCAGUUGUUUUAAAUAUAAAUUUUUCAAAAUGUUACUGCUUAAGAGACAUCCUUCAAAAGCAUGAAAAAAAAAUCUUAUUGACCCCAAACGUAUAUAUAUAUAUUCACGUCGUAUAAAACAAUAUUGCUAUUAAUAAUGUUUAUAUCAGCUCAUGCUCAUAAUUUUGCUGUACUUUUCUUUAUGAAAGUAAAGAAGUCCAAACCAGUAAAACAUAAUUUAUUGCUCUUUAAAGGUUACAGAUAUUUAUGAGUAUGACAAAUGUGCUAUAUUUUUAAACUGAGUAAAAAACAAGACA